GAUCACUUCAUUUGAUCCCAAGAAAUGGCACAACAGAUGAAACGCAAGAAGACAUCAAAGCAAUGGCCGCAAAUCUAUGCCAAAGACUCUUUGGAUCGAUUCGGUGAUGAUUUGUGUGAACUUCUGUUGUCUUAUCUCACAUUUGAAGAUCGAUUUCGAUGCGAAUGUGUGUCCAAACAGUUCCGAAGGAAAAUCUUCGAGAGUGUUGUGGACAUCACAUUUCGAGACAAUUGCCAGCAUUUGUGUCGAAUUGACUGUCAUUUUCGAUCAAAUCCCAAGAAAUGGAUCCAAGAGUUCGGUCCUCUGGUCACAGGAAUCAGUAGUUUUAAAGCUUCGGACAAACAAUCACUCACUCAUUGCCACCGAUUGUCGCAAUUAAGUGUCGAGUCGUUAGCCGAUGUCUUCGACACCACUUCCGGGCAGUUAUUAGCGAUGAAUUUGAAGGCUUUUGAUGUGGAAUACAAUGCCAUCGAAAACAGUGUACAAUUGGUGUCGUUCUUCGCCGGCAAUCAAUCACUCAAUACAUUUGCAAUUUAUUGCAAUAUUCGUACCGAAGAGUGGUUUCACGAACUGACGGACCAAUUGUCACGAUUAACACAAUUACGGCAAUUGAGACUCCGUUUACAUCUACCAAAUGGCGAGAACUCAUUGUCCGAGUCUUUGCGUACAAUUGGCUUAAACUGCAAACAAUUGAAACGAUUGGCACUUAAUUUGAAGUCAAACCACAAAGUAUUCAAUGGCCAGACAUUGGAUUCGUUGCGAUGUUAUCGACAACUAAAACAAUUGAAUUUAACACUAUAUGAUACCAUCGCUGGGAAAGUGUUGAAACCGCUGAAACUCUGCCACCGAUUAACGCAUUUGAGACUAAAUUUACGCACAAUUAAUGCUAAGUUAUUUGCUAAUUGUGCUGAGCAUUGGCCACGACUUCAUUAUCUGUUGAUCUUCACAAGUGAUACCACUCGCGAGUGUUUGUCACACCUCUCAAGACUACCGGCGCUCAAAAAACUGGUCCUUCAAAGCCGUGAAACCACUCAACUCUCGGACAAUGAUUUCAAUGAUCUGUUGUCGAGAAGUCCUAAACUAAAGAGCCUUACAAUCAACCGAUCGAUUAAAUGUUAUUCUCUUUAA